UUGGGUUGGGGUGGUCUGGGUAGGCAGCCCUCCAUGGAGCAGCGGUCUCGGCACCUCCUGGCCUCCCCGCCUCCGCCGCCGCGCCGCGGGCGGGCCCCCCAGCCGGGCCCACCAUGGAGGGCGUCCAGGCCCUGCGGGCCACCUGGGCGGAGCACCGGGCCGCGGCCGCGCGCGAGCAGGAGCUGCGGCUCGCGGCGUGGCGCGGCGAGCUCGCCGAGGAGCUCGGGCGGCAGGCGGCGCUGCUGGCGGAGGGGCUGCUCGAGCAGCAGCGGCGCUCGGAGGCCGGGCUCGAGGGCAGGCUGCAGGCCCUGGACGCGCGCGUGCGCGAGAGCCUGGAGGCCGCCCGCGGCGAGGCCGCGCGGGCAUCGCAGGCGCUGCGGGUGCAGCAGGGCGCCCUGGAGGCGGUGCUGCGCUCCGACGUGGAGCGCCUGGGCGCCGAGGUGCGGGAGCUGCGCGCGGCCGCGGACGGCCUGGGGGAGGGGCUGGGCGCCGUGGACGGCCACUGGAGAGCCUCCGGCUGGAGGCGGCCCAGGCCGGGCGGACCCUGGGAGGAGCGGCUCCUGGGCGAGCUGCGGCCCCUUUGCGACGCCCGGGCGGGCCGGGCGCAGCUUGAGGAGCUGCGCGGGGAGCUCGCCGCCGCGCGCAGGGAGCUCGAGGCCCGCUGCCGGGCACAGGCCGAGCAGGCCCGGGAGGCCCUGGAGGCACGGCUGGCGGCCGCGGAGCGCAGGGCGCUCGAGGGCCGCCGGGAGUGGCAGCUGCAGGCGGACGCCAGCAGCAGGGCCGCCGAGGAGCAGGCGAGGGACCUGCGGGCGCAGGUGGAGGAGGUGGCGGCCAGGGGGGCGGCCGCGGAGUGGCGGCUGACCGAGGUCGUCGGCCUUCGAGCAGCGCACGGAGGAGCUGCGGUGCUGCCUGCAGCAGGACAUGGCCGCGCUGCAGCAGCGCCUGCGCGCGCAGGCUGUGCAGGUCGUGGCCGCCGCCUUUCGCAGCCACGCCGCGCACGCCGCGACCCAGGGCCUGGCAUGCAGGGCACAUGCUGGGGGACGUCACCAGACCACCUCACCGACGGGAAGGCUGCUGAUCAGUUGCGCACGGGCAGCCCGCUCCUCGGGUAGCCCCGGCUGGCCUCAGUAGGCCU